GGCGCUGAGUUGCUUUUGUCGCUGGUAUUAUCGUCUGUCCUGUUCCAUUCUGACAGUUCUUUUUUCUUUUCUGUUGGAUCUGUCAUUGAAAUCGGAAACAUGGCUGAGGUCGACGAAACUCUCAAGAAAAAGCGUACCUUCAGGAAGUUUACCUUCCGAGGUGUCGAUCUGGACCAGCUUCUGGAUAUGUCCAAUGAGCAACUCAUGGAGUUGAUGCACGCCCGUGCUCGCAGGCGAUUCGUCCGCGGGCUGAAGCGUAAGCCUAUCGCGCUGGUGAAGAAGCUGCGCCGCGCGAAGAAGGAAGCUCCCCCCAAUGAGAAGCCCGAGAUCGUGAAGACCCACCUGCGUAACAUGAUCAUCGUUCCCGAGAUGGUUGGCUCCAUCGUCGGCAUCUACAAUGGCAAGACCUUCAACCAGGUUGAAAUCAAGCCCGAGAUGAUUGGUCACUACUUGGGAGAGUUCUCUGUCACAUACAAGCCUGUCAAGCACGGUAGGCCCGGUAUUGGUGCCACCCACAGUUCCAGGUUCAUCCCACUCAAGUAGAGUGGACCUUAGGCUAAGAAUAAUGGAAAAAUUAGCACAAAUGCAAUAAACUUGUUUUGUGCUACCA